AUGUUUCAUUUAUUUUAUUUAGGUAAAGCUACUUCCUCUUCUAAUCCAAGCAGCCCAGCUCCAGACUGGUACAAAGAUUUUGUUACAGAUGCUGAUGCUGAGGUUUUAGAGCAUUCUGGAAAAAUGGUACUUCUCUUUGAAAUUCUUCGAAUGGCAGAGGAAAUUGGGGAUAAAGUCCUUGUUUUCAGCCAGUCUCUCAUAUCUCUGGACUUGAUUGAAGAUUUUCUUGAUUUGGCUAGUAGAGAGAAGACAGAAGAUAAAGAUAAACCUCUUAUUUAUAAAGGUGAAGGGAAGUGGCUCCGAAACAUUGACUAUUACCGUUUAGAUGGUUCUACUACUGCACAAUCAAGGAAAAAAUGGGCUGAAGAAUUUAAUGAUGAAACUAAUGUGAGAGGACGAUUGUUUAUCAUUUCUACCAAAGCAGGAUCUCUUGGAAUUAACCUAGUAGCUGCUAAUCGAGUCAUUAUAUUUGAUGCUUCUUGGAAUCCAUCUUAUGACAUCCAGAGUAUAUUCAGAGUUUAUCGCUUUGGACAGACUAAACCUGUGUAUGUAUAUAGGUUCUUAGCUCAGGGAACCAUGGAAGAUAAGAUUUAUGAUCGGCAGGUAACUAAGCAGUCACUGUCUUUUCGAGUUGUCGAUCAGCAGCAGGUCGAGCGUCAUUUUACCAUGAAUGAGCUUACUGAACUUUAUACCUUUGAGCCAGACUUAUUAGAUGACCCUAAUUCAGAAAAGAAGAAGAAAAGGGAUACUCCCAUGCUGCCAAAGGAUACCAUACUUGCAGAACUUCUUCAAAUACAUAAAGAACACAUUGUAGGAUAUCAUGAACAUGAUUCUCUUUUGGACCACAAAGAAGAAGAAGAGUUGACUGAAGAAGAAAGAAAAGCAGCUUGGGCUGAAUAUGAAGCAGAGAAGAAGGGACUGACCAUGCGUUUCAACAUACCAACUGGGACCAAUUUACCCCCUGUCAGUUUCAACUCGCAAACUCCUUAUAUUCCUUUCAAUUUGGGAGCCCUGUCAGCAAUGAGUAAUCAACAGCUGGAGGACCUCAUUAAUCAAGGAAGAGAAAAAGUUGUGGAAGCAACAAACAGUGUGACAGCAGUGAGGAUUCAGCCGCUUGAAGAUAUAAUUUCAGCUGUAUGGAAGGAAAACAUGAAUCUCUCAGAGGCCCAAGUACAGGCAUUAGCAUUAAGUAGACAAGCCAGCCAGGAGCUUGAUGUUAAGCGAAGAGAAGCAAUCUACAAUGAUGUAUUGACAAAACAACAGAUGUUAAUCAGCUGUGUUCAGCGAAUACUUAUGAACCGAAGGCUCCAGCAGCAGUACAAUCAGCAGCAACAGCAGCAAAUGACUUAUCAACAAGCAACACUGGGUCACCUCAUGAUGCCAAAGCCUCCAAAUUUAAUCAUGAAUCCUUCUAACUACCAGCAGAUUGAUAUGAGAGGAAUGUAUCAGUCGGUGGCUGGUGGUAUGCAGCCACCACCAUUACAGCGUGCACCACCCCCAAUGAGAAGCAAAAAUCCAGGACCUUCCCAAGGGAAAUCAAUGUGAUUUUGCACUAAAAGCUUAAAGGAUUGUUAAAAUCAUAGAAAGAUCUUUUAUUUUUUUAGGAAUCAAUGACUUAACAGAACUCAACUGUAUAAAUAGUUUGGUCCCCUUAAAUGCCAAUCUUCCAUAUUAGUUUUAAAUUUUUUUUAAAUAGGGCAUACUAUUUCUUCCUGACAAUUGUCAGUGAUGUUGCCUAGAAUCUUCUUACACACAUUGAGUACAGAAGAUAUUUCAAAUUGUUUUCAGUGAAAACAAAUCCUUCCAUAACAGUAACAACUCCACAGAUUUCCUCUCUAAAUUUUUAUGCCUGCUUUUAGCGACCAUAAAAUUGUCAUAAAAUUAAUGAAUUUAGGGAAGAAUACAGAUUUAUAUAUUUGUUCUUUACAUAUAAAAACACACAGCUGAGUUCUUAGAGUUGAUUCCUCAAGUUAUGAAAUACUUUUGUACUUAAUCCAUUUCUUGAUUAAAGUAAUUGAAAUGGUUUUAAUGUUCUUUUGACUGAAGUCUGAAAUUGGGCUUUUGCUAUAUCAUCUCUGUGACUGAAAGUUAGAAACUAAGGGUUAUCUUUGACACAGAAUUGUGUGCAAUAUUCUUAAAUACUACUGCUCUGAAACUUGGAGGAGUCUUGCCGUUAUCUUAGCAUUGUAUAAACAGCCUUAAAUACAGCCUAAGAAGAGAAUUCCUUUUUCUUCUUUAGUCUUUCUGCCAUUUUUUAUUUUCAGUUAUAUGUGCUGAAAUAAUUACUGGUAAAAUUUCAGGGUUCUGAAUUAUCUUCCACACAUGAAUUUUCUCUCUCCUGGCACUAAUAUAAAGCACAUCUCUUAACUGCUUGGUGCCAGUGCUAGUGCUUCAUCCUGUUGCUGGCAGUGGGAUGUGGACUAACAAAAUCAAGUUCUAGCAUUUUAGGAGGUUAAGGAUGACGUUGUGGUUGUUAGGUUCAUACCCUGUUUUAUAAACAUCAAAAUGGCAGAACCAUUGCUGACUUUAAGUUCACAUGAGGAAUGUGCUUUAACAAUUCCCAGUACUGUCAGUAUUGUGAAAUAAUUCCUCUUAAAGAUAAGGAUCACUGGCUUCUAUGCUAUUCUGCUUUUCUCUCAUCAUCAUGUUCUUUUCCCGCAUCAUCAUGUUCUUUUCCCCUAGCUUACCUACAUAUUCUUAAAUAAAUUAUGUUUCGAUUUCUUUUUUAGUUUAGAUCUGUGAGGGAAUUUUCUGAUCAAAGUUAAUUCAUCUAAUACCCUUUUAUGAAGUUUUACUAGAAAAUCAUUGUAUUGUUUUUCUUAAUCCAUGCCUGUAAAAAUGACCUUCAAGUUUAUUUGUGUACAAUUUGGUUGCUUGAGUUUCUUAAAGAAAAAGAUUGUUGGACUGUGGGAGUCAACUCAACAUGGCAAAACCAUUUUUGAGAUGAUGAUGUAACAGGUAGUGGAAACAGCUAAGGAAUUCCAGAAAAAAAGAAAGCUGGGUGGAGGGUUUACUCUAGGUAUCACUGGAUUAGAAUAAGUUUAACAUUAGCUAAAACUGUUUUGAGUUUUUUGGAUGAUUAAGAGAUUUCCAUUUUUAGCUUGAAAGAACUAGUGGUAAAACAUCCCAGAGCACUAGGUUUGUGACAUAGAGUUUGUGAGGUUUGGUGGAUUCACCCCCACCUUCCCAUGGUGAGUUAUCACUAACAAAUUCCAUAUAUUUGGAUAUUAUGCCAGCCAUAUAAUCAAAUUUAUUUAAUGGGGGGCGGGGGGAAGGUGUGUGUUUACUUUAGAAGAAAUGAAAAAGACAAGAUUUAUGAAAUAAAUAUUUGAAGGCAGUACUCUGGCCAACUGUUAUCAGUUGGUAUUUCUGCAAGUCCAGAAUAUUUUAAACCUGAUUUACUAGACCUGGGAACUUUCAACACGGUCUAAUUACUUGCUCAAAGACAUAGAUGUGAAAAUUUUAGGCAACCUUCUAAACCUUUUUCACCAUGGAUGACAAUAUGACUUAAAGAAUAAUACAUAGAAGGAUUAAUUGGAAAUAAGAGUUUGAAAUAAAACUUUGGACCACUUUGCAUACACUCUUCUCACUUGACAUUUUAGCUACAUAAUAUGUACUUUGAGUAUAACAUCAAGCUUUAACAAAUAUUUAAAGACAAAAAUCACAUCAAUAAGAUACUAAAAUGCUCAUUUUUAUAUUUGUUUUAGAUGUUUUAAAUAGUUGCAAUGGCUUAAAAAAUGACGAUUUAAAAUGUUGCUUGUAAUACAGUUUUGCCUGCUAAAUUCUCCACAUUUUGUAACCUGUUUUAUUUCUUUGGGUGUAAAGCGUUUUUGCUUAGUAUUGUGAUAUUGUAUAUGUUUUGUCCCAGUUGUAUAGUAAUGUUUCAGUCCAUCAUCCAGCUUUGGCUGCUGAAAUCAUACAGCUGUGAAGACUUGCCUUUGUUUCUGUUAGACUGCUUUUCAGUUCCGUAUUGAGUAUCUUAAGUACUGUAGAAAAGAUGUCACUUCUUCCUUUAAGGCUGUUUUGUAAUAUAUAUAAGGACUGGAAUUGUGUUUUUAAAGAAAAGCAUUCAAGUAUGACAAUAAUACUAUCUGUGUUUUCAUCAAAGUGCUGUUUAGUAGUUGAAACUUAAACUAUUUAAUGUCAUUUAAUAAAGUGACCAAAAUGUGUUGUG